AUCGUUGGUUCGGCUACUGCCGGCGUUAGCGGGCUGGACGGAGUGGAGAGGACCCCUCUCCCCGACGCCCGCGGUCUCCUCACCGCCGACCGAGCCUCAGGAGACCACGACCGUCUCCAGUGCCCGAAGCUCUGUGAGGAAACCGAGGCGUCACAGGUGAUGGCGGAGACGGGUGAGGGGAGCUUGGAGAUCGUCGCGCUCCCACCGCCUCAGCUACCAGAGGAGCGGGGCGCGCCUCGCGAUGCUCCCCCGGAUCCGGGCUGUGAUCGUCCACCCCAGAUCCGAGGCAGUGGGGAUGGCGGCGACGUAGCAACCCCAGCCGGGCGAGAGGAGGCCCCGCCUCCCAGGGAGGUCCUGGAAGCGGUGUCUGUGUCCCUGGCAACGGACGGCAGCCUGAGAAACGGCGGUCAGCGGGUAGAGCGGCGCGGCCAGGGUGGGGAGGAGGCGCUGGAAACCUGUGUCGCAGAGAGGUUGGGGUGUGAGGUGAUGGCGGAGGCGAAGACUGAAGAGGGCCGGGUCUCUUCAGUCGCAGUGGAUGAAGAGGCGGCGGGGAAGGAAAGGGCGAAGGAGGAGGAGGGAGUGGAGCAGGAGAUGCAGGUGGAGGAGAACCCAGUGGGUGAAGAAAUAGAAAUGGUGGAGAACAGACUGGUCGAGGAGGAGGAGGAGGCGGCGGCCAGGCACCGGCCCCUGCACAUGAAUCUCCGCAUGAACCCGCUGGAGGCCAUCCAGCUAGAACUGGACACUGUGAACGCUCAGGCUGACCGGGCCUUUCAGCAGCUGGAGCACAAGUUCGGGCGCAUGCGUCGACACUACCUGGAGCGGAGGAACUACAUCAUUCAGAAUAUCCCGGGCUUCUGGGUCACCGCCUUUCGGAACCACCCCCAGUUAUCCCCCAUGAUUAGGGGCCAAGAUGCAGAGAUGUUGAGAUACAUAACCAAUUUGGAGGUGAAGGAGCUCAGACACCCUCGAACAGGCUGCAAGUUCAAGUUCUUCUUUAGAAGAAACCCCUACUUCCGAAACAAGCUGAUUGUCAAGGAAUAUGAGGUCAGAGCCUCUGGCCGAGUGGUGUCUCUCUCCACUCCGAUUAUAUGGCGCAGGGGCCAUGAACCACAGUCCUUCAUUCGCAGGAACCAAGAAGUCGUCUGCAAUUUCUUCACCUGGUUUUCAGACCACAGCGUUCCAGAGUCUGACAGGAUUGCUGAGAUUAUCAAAGAAGACCUGUGGCCAAAUCCACUACAGUACUAUCUGCUACGUGAAGGAGCCCGUAGAGCCAGACGUCGCCCAAUAAGGGAGCCAGUGGAGAUCCCGAGGCCCUUUGGGUUCCAGUCUGGUUAAACUUUGCCCUUGGGAAUGCCCUUGCACAAGGUCCCCUUCCGCCUCUUGCUGGACCUGUGCUUGAGCAACAGAAAUGGGUAUGCCUUCCACUUUUUUCCCCUUUUCUUUGACAUUCUGCAGCCUUUUUCCUCUGGACGUCAGUUCUCUUAGCCUCAAGACUGAGAUUACCAUGGCCAUGGUCCUCCACUUCCACAUGGCCUUCAUGCUGUUCUCCGUUAAUAUCACAUGCUGCAUGGCCAUGAUUCACGCCAGGACUAAGCGAAGCAAGUGAUGCUGUAAAUUGCACUGCCUUUAUCAGCACUGCUUGGAUCCUGUUUGUUCUCAGGGCUUCUGGACUGGUUCUUACCACCUAGAAUUCUAGCUUUGUCUAGGAGCCCAUUCUACCCACUUUGCUCUGCAGUGUAGGUAUACAGCCUGUGGACAAUUGCAGAGCAUUAAUAAUAUCAAGGGGGAACAGCAGUGGGCUACUUGGUCUGUGUGAUUUAUGUGACUUUGUUGCUCUUCUUGUGCCUCUAGUCACUUCCUAUUGCUGCCUGCUAAUGGCUUUGCCUUUGGCUGCUAUGUACUGGAUGAACAUCUUGUAGACUCCUGUCAACCCCACAGUGAUUUCUGGUCAACAGUCUCCAGAACUGAUGGUGGACCCAGGUUUCCUGCCAGCACACAAAAGACCCUUCCAUCCUUCUCCCCAGAAGACCUUUCCUCUACUCUUCAUGCCCUCUUUUUCCUCCACCCCCAUCAUCCAGGAACUGCUAACUGUCAAGGAAGUGACCGAGGUGACAAGUUAGACCUGUCCUCAUGGCAAGAGUAAGGAUAGUGUCCAUUUGAAGAAGGAGGCUUCCUCAGCCUCAGCUAGUGAAUUCACACAAAACCUAGGUACCUCUUUGUGCCUCCUUUUUUCAUCCUGAACAUGAUUAAGUGCCAGGGUGGCAGUAUACUUUCUCCAUUCUCCCUCUCUUGUUUUGAUAGCUCGAAAGCAUCUGCAAAAUCAGCUCUUUUAGAUUAAUUUAAUUCUCUUCAUUAUUUCCAGGGACAGGCUGUCUUGUGUAAUAGACUGCCAGAGCUCUUUUUUCCCUCUGCUCUCUAACCCAUCCUUCAUCCCCUUUAGCAACAUCUAGAGGGCUUAAAGGGAGGCAGAUUUAGAUGGAAUGAAAAGCAAUAUCUAGUUCAUAAAUGGAUAGAAGAACUAAAGAGAUUGUGAUGGGUGCCCUGAACAAAAGACUAUAGGCAAAAAUGAGCCAGGUAAAAAUUGGGUGUAAAAUUGACUCACUGAGAGCCAUCAAGGAAAGAUUCUCUGUCAGUGGAGAUAGGAAGAGAAAUACUUUUUCUCGGGAUUAACAUGGAAGAAUUGAAGGGGGUUGGAAUGUUAAAUACGUUGCCUAGAGGAGAGUUCUUUAAGGAAACAACAUGACUUUGGUUGCUUUCUCUCUUGUUUUCAUUUGACUUAAUUUGGGAGGAAGAUUAAUACUGUGUCUUUAUUUCACGUGUAUUUAGUAAAAUCUUGUUUUCUUUGUUUCCGCUUCUGGGGAAGUUGAGCUGUACAGGCUUUCUUUUGUUUUCAUUUGAGAACAUUUGGAGAAAUAACAGUCUUAUUUCUCCUGUACAGUAUAGAGACUUAAAUGAAUAUACAUAAUGGUUCUUGUUUCUGUUAAAAAUGUAUCCAUAGAAAUAUAAUUUGAAUAACUUGUUCUUAUCAUAUUCUUAAGACUUAGGAAAUUGUUGUCUUCAUAGAAAAAUAACCUACUAAAAAUGUAUGGCUUAACUGUCUUACUUGAUAAUAUCCCCUGUUAACAACUUAGUAAUUGAUGUGUCUCUUUUCCUAAGUAACAAAUACUUGUGAGAUUGCUCUGUAGAACUGAAAAGUAUAGUUGGUACACUUGUCUUUCCUUAUAUGCAUGAUGGUAAAAUAAAAGCAUGUUACUCUGCUAGAUUUCUUAUUUCUCACCCUGUGGAUAAACAUGCAUGAAGAAAUUGUUCUAGAGACAGCAGAUUAUGGAAUUCUUAAAGUUCUUAAAUGGGAUACAAUAGGCAUUAUCCCAAAAGUAAGAAAAUGGGGCACACUACUGUACCUUCAAAGGUCAGGAGGGUUGUUUUUGCUGUUGUAAAAUAUUAACAAUUCCCACUGCUUACUCAUCAUAUCACUUUUUUCUGUAUAGCUUCUGCCACACCAUCCCUCUUCACUUCCUUAAAGCCUCCAUUUCUAUCUUUGUAAAUAAUAUUCUCAAGUCAUUCAGGCUCUUUAUUCACUUGUGCAUUUAAUAAGCAAACAUUCAUAGAGUUCUUAUCAUAAAUGAUACAUACACUCUUCUAUCUUCAUACUUUGUCAACUGUAGAAACUUGUUCUUUUCUUCAAACUUCACUACCUUCUAUGUCACAUCCUUUAAGGUCUGUCAUAGAUAACUCUUCUGCCUUUUAGUUUUUCUGUUCUUUCUAGGGAAGUUAUCUCUUUACGUUCUUGGAAUACCUUGUAGGGACCUCCGUUCUAGAAAGUAACAUGUAAUUAUUCAUUAUAGUGAAUUCUAUAAGUAUUUAUUGAGGCAUUCUGUCAGGCCCUGGGAAGAUAAGAAUAUAAAGCCCAUUCCUUUUAUUGUUAAAGAAUAGAGGAAAGGCUAAAGUGCAAAUAAUUGACAAAGUGAUACAGUUAAAAUACAAAGAUACACUUUCAUAUGUUUUUCACUCUCUUUACCUUCCUUUCUAGUUUGAAAGCUUUGUGAAAGCAGAGGUAGGGUGUCUCUUACUUUCAUUAUUGCAUGUAGCAUAAUGUUUUGCACAUGGUUGUCACCAGGUAAAUAUUUACUGAAUGAUAGAAUGAAUAACUCAAAUGGAGAAAAGGAACAAAAUAACCUAUUACCCAGAAAAGACUUGAUGAGGUGAUGGAAAGAAGAAAACAGUUUUCAAGACAUUUGUAAAACUGAUGUCAAAAAAACUUGCAAAGCCUUUCUUAAAUAAAAAAUAAAGGAAAGAAAA